AUCAACCACUCCUUCCAAUAAUACAUAAAAUAGUAUAAAUCUUUAAUUUCUAAUUUUAAAAAUGUCAAGUUCGAGCUUAAGCUUGAUGGUAACAACAGCCUUAGUCUUGGCCGCCUUGUGCGGCCAGAGCCAGGGCGCCGCCGCCCCUCUUCAAGUAGGGUUCUAUAAAGGAAAAUGCGGCUCCGCCGACGUCGAGGCCGUCGUAUACGGCGUCGUUAGAGCGUGGUUCGCCACCAAGGAUAACACCAUCGCAGCUGCUCUUCUACGCAUGCAGUUUCAUGACUGCUUUGUCAAUGGGUGCGAUGCAUCAAUUCUAUUGGAUGGGGGAAAUAAUACAGAGAAAGCAGCAAUCCCCAAUCUGAGCGUCCGAGGCUAUGAACUCAUCGAUGCCGUAAAAGCUGUGGUGGAGGCCGCCUGCCCCGGCGUCGUCUCAUGUGCUGACAUCAUCGUCAUGGCAACACGAGAUGCCGUCGCCCUAAGCGAAGGAGGACGAUACAUGGUGCAGACGGGGCGGAGGGACGGGACAAUAUCCCUAGCCAAGAAUGUGGAUCUCCCAAUUCCUUCAGUUUCUGUCUCCGAUUCCAUCCAAGCAUUUGCAAAGAAAGGACUCACUGCCACAGACAUGAUCUAUCUUCUAGGCGGCCACACUGUGGGGGUGACUCAUUGCUCCCUCAUCCGGAGCCGGCUCUACAACUUCGGAGGCACCGGGCAGGCGGAUCCAAACAUGGACGCGGCGCUGGUGGCGGCACUGAGAGCGCGAUGCCCUCAGAAUGCUACUAUGGUAGACAACACGGUGAACCUGGACCAGAACCCCUUGAGCUCAAUGGUUGUUGACAACUCCUACUACAAGCAAAUAGUUAAGAAGAGAGGGAUUCUGCAGAUCGAUCAAGACUUGGCCCUUGAUCCACUUUCAAGAUCAACCGUUGCAGCCAUUGCUAGUGGAUUCGACUUCAACGCCAGAUUUGGGGAAGCCAUGAUCAAAUUGGGCGCCGUUCAAGUCCUCACCGGCAAACAGGGCCAGAUCAGGCGCUCCUGCCGCGCAAUCAACAAGCCCUAGCUACACCACGCUUCUUAAUUCCUUUUCAUCACUUUCACUUAUGACAUUUCGCUUCCAUUAAUUCUUACCUCAUUCUUUGAGAUUUCUACUUUGUGUGUUUCUUUUACUAUGUAUGAUCAUGAUUGGCUUCUAUAUAUACAAACUUGUUUUGAUAUUGAAGAUGUACGGAAUAAUAUCUAUAUACUAAUAUAAAAAGUGUCUUGAGCUUAAUUAUUACA